CUUUCAUUUAAAGCUGUAAGUUGCAGACUCUAGGGUUUUAUCCCCUUGCCACAUCCAGCGAAUAGCGAGGCCGCCGGAGAGAGAAAGGGAAUCGAGCAAAGAUGCCGGCGGGACACGGAGUGAGGGCACGCACACGUGAUCUGUUCUCGCGUGGGUUCAGGAAGAAGGGAACAAUCCCUCUCUCGACGUACCUGAAGAUCUACCGAGUCGGCGACUACGUCGACGUCAAGGUGAACGGCGCUGUCCACAAGGGUAUGCCCCACAAGUUCUACCAUGGCCGCACUGGUCGUGUCUGGAACGUCACCAAGCGCGCCAUAGGCGUCGAAGUCAACAAGCAGGUUGGAAACAGGAUCAUCAAGAAGAGGAUCCAUGUUCGUGUGGAACAUGUUCAGCCAUCCAGGUGCACCGAGGAAUUUAAGCUGAGGAAAAAGAAAAAUGAUGAGUUGAAGGCAGGGGCUAAAGCUAGAGGUGAAGUAGUUAGCACAAAGAGGGUGCCAGAAGGGCCUAAACCCGGGUUCAUGGUUGAAGGCGCAUGCUUGGAAACCGUAACACCCAUCCCAUAUGAUGUUGUCAAUGAUCUCAAGGGUGGUUAUUGAGUCCCUCUGUUUUGGAUUUGGUUUUGAUUGCUUUAUGUGCUUUGAUCAUCUGAAGACAUUUUUCUUCAUCUGAUUUGGACCUUUCUAUAGAUGUUUGUUUUACAAUUAGUAUGGUAACUUAAUUUAUCGAAAUUUUGCAUCAAAUGAAAGUAGGGACUCGGAUAUAAGAUUGUCAUUUAUGUUUAUACCAUCUUAUUUUUUA